UAAUGGAGGAUUUGUUAGUUGGCACAGAAAGUACACGACACAUGUGAUUUGAUAUCUGAAAUGUUUUCUUCUUCUUCUUUCACUCUUCCAUUUCCUCCACAACCAUGCUUAUCCCGCGUCGUCUUCGCUUCUUCCUUUGUACGUCGCAGUCGCAGUAGCCGACGCAGCAAACGCAACAAUAAGCUCAAACUCUCUGACCCUACCACCACCAUCACCACCUUCUCUGAGCCCAAGCUCGAAACCGUCAUAGACCUCUCAAUCUUCCCUUCCUUUCAUUCCAAUAUUCGUCAAUUCGUUUCAUCUGGUAAAGAGGCAUACCGCGAUUUACAGACCCUAUUCACUAUUGACCAUAACCGAAGAGUCAUCAUUUCAUGUCGCCCUUCCACCUUGCACUUCGUAGGAACUUCAGCUGCUUUGACUCUCAUCGCUUUUUCUGUUUUGAGGGUAUUCUUUGAAUUGGUUUCUAGGUUUGCGUCGUGGAGUAGUCGAAACCCAUCUAGCUACAAUAAGGGUAUUAUGGUGCGGAGAGACCGGAGUCUUGGUGGAAAAGAGGUGGUUAUUGGAUUGAGUCCCAUUCACAGCACAACCCCUGCUCUGCCGAUUAAACGUUCUUUGAAGAAUAGUAAUAAUAAUAAGGUUGUUUCUCAAAGGAAAUUACCCAAAUGGUGGCCACCUAUUAACAACAACAAUGUCAAUGCUUUUGAUAUGGACCUAAAUGAGCAAGAUGAAUACAAGAGGGAUGCUUACAGACUCGUUCGAUCAAUUAUUGACAGUAGAAUGGCCGCAAAAGACAUAUCCAAGCAUGAUAUCAUUCAAUUACGUCAAUUAUGCAGAAAUUCUGGUGUGCAAGUGUCUGUUGAACCUACAAAUAUUCGGGAAUCCUUGUAUCGAGCAUCAGUUAAUUUUGUUUUAGAUGCUUGCAGCAGGUGUGAUCUUCGUAGUCCUGCGUCUGUGUCCCUUUCUUUACUGCUAGUUCAUAUUAAUGGCGAGGAUUCUCAACAAUUCCUUGCUGGGUUUGCUGAAAACAUUGGCCUUGAAAAUGUUCGUGCUGCAACAAUUGUGUCUGCAGCUGUCGCUGCCCGCACACGCUCUUGUCUUUUGCAGGCUUGGGCAUUGGAAAUGCAAGGCAAACAUGUUGAUGCUUUGGGAGAACUGUCAAAGAUAUGCCUUCUUCUACGGAUAUUUCCUCCCGAGGAAUCUUCGCCUGAAAUGGAGAUGGUUAGUCGGGGUCUAGAGAAACACUUGAAACUAGAACAAAGAAAGCACCUUAUGUUUCUCUUUGGUAAAGUUUGCAGUGAGGACAGUCACGGGAUUGCAAGAGAAGCUCUUGGUUUGACGCAUUCUCAAAAUUAUUGUGCCGGUCAACUUGAAGACAACAUAGUACCAUGAAAGAUAAUAUCUGGCUGUAAACUGUAAACUGUAAAAUGUAUUCUUUUAGAAUAUUUAAGUUUAACUUUAUCACUAAUGUAUAGUAAUAACAUGUACUAAUAAUCGCUAAAAAGGUUUAUUUUGUGCUCUAGAAAAA